UCUUACGUAAGGAGCUGCCAGACCUCGCGCUUUCGGUCAGUUGUAAACACGAGAAAAUAUGUUGAAAAAUAUCUGCGUAACACAGCUAAAUUUUCUAAAAAGUGCAUCCAGCCUGCAGCAGCAAGUCCGGACCACUUUCAUCCUGAAACGAAAAUAUGAACCGCUGCUGCACAAAACCAACGAGCGGCCCCGGCCUAUGCGGCCAAAGCACUUUAUCUAUGAGCUGGUGGAGGACACGCAAGUGAAAAAGCGGCCGAACAUGGAAGUCGUCUUAAAGACCUUUGUCGAAGGUGUCGGCGACAAGGGUGACGUAGUGUCCAUGAAGCCUCAUUUCGUCUACAACAAACUGCUGCUGCCUGGACUGGCGGCCUACAAAACGCCCGAGAACAUUGCCAAGUACGCGAAGACAGAUGCCGAGAAGUCGGCGGUGAAGCACAGCUCGGCGUAUGCUCAACGGACGGUCAACAUGCUGGAGACCAUUGUCUUGGCUGUGGUCAUGAACAAGGAUGAGCCGUGGGUACUCGAGCCCUGGCAUAUCAAAGCUUCGCUCCGCAAGGCCGGAUUCCAUUGCAAAGAGGAGUGCAUAACCCUGCCGAAGGAGCGCAUUGAGGGGCCCGAUCUCAAGAAGGAAAGCAAAGACUUCCAGUGCAUCAUAACCAUCAAUAAGCUGGAGCAGGCUACGCUCAAGUGCCGCCUGCACCAUUGGAGCACUGAUCCCAGCGAACGUUUGCCCUACGUGCUGGAGCAUUGGAAAAUGCAGUCCGAGCCGCUGCUGGAUGUUGGCUCCCCUGAGAAGAGGCCUUAAAACUAAGAACAAUAAAGUGUUACA